UUGGCGCGUAGGUUUGUUUUGUAACUUCAGUCUCUGGGAUUGUACAUCAAAUCGUCGUCUGUGGGAUCGUCUUUCUAUUAAAAAUGUUGCGUAAAAAGAGACGCUCGACUGCGGAUAAAGUAGAGGCAGCUACUACGAGCACUAAGGCGAAGAAGAGUCGCAGCACUGGUCGCCAACCAAAGGAACCUGCUCCAGAAGAGACCAAUGAAAGUGUGUUUGGUGUCUUUCUUCGAGAGGCAGGGGUCACCUUAAAACAAGGUGGCACGUCCAAUGAGAUUGCUGUCGACCAAGUCGUUUUCCAAAAAAGGAUAAAGAAACAACUGCAGAAGAGUCCCAGGUAUCCUGGAAUUGUUCAAGAAUUCACCGCUGGAUUGGAGUCUCAUAUUGAAGAACCUGAGCGGUUUAGGAACUGCCUUCUUCCAUGUGUCCCACGAUUGUCUGAUGGGGACUCCAGUUGUGUGAGCUCAUUUCAGGAAAGUCUGCUCCGCAUGCUGCUGGGGAUUGAAAUCCUGCAGACCCCUAUCAUCAACACAUUGAUCGAGAAAAUCCCUGAAUUUAUGCUUGAUGGAGCUGGAGAUGGAGGGCUCAGUAUUCCUCACAUAAUAAUUAACCAGCUUAAAUGGCUCGACCGAGUUGUGGACAGCAAGGAGUUGGCGGUGAAGCUCAUGGAGCUGGUGUCAGUCGCACCUGUGGAGGUCCAGCGUGACAUCAUCACUAGUCUGCCAGAGAUACUGGAUGACACCCAGCACAACGAUAUAGCCAGAGAGCUCAACUCUUUACUUCAGGAGAACACUCAGCUGACUGUUCCCAUCCUGGAUGCCCUCUCCAGUCUGAACCUUAGUACCUCAUUACUUACUGAGGUCCGUGGAGCCGUCAUGGCCACUCUGGCAGCCGUCCAGCUGGAGGACCUUCCUCUGGUGGUGAAGUUCAUCCUGCACUCUGUCUCAGCCUCUGAUGUCUAUGAGGUGGUGUGUAGUCUUCGUAAAAAGCUGGAGUUGGAGCAGUGUGUUCUCCCUCCGGUGCUGCAGGCCUCCCAGAGCCGCAUGAAGAGCAAAGGAUCCGCAGCGUCCUCCUCCACAGCAGCAGGCCGCCGCAGCAGCAGCAGCAGCAGCAGCAGCAGCCAGGACAGCGUUGCCUUGGUGUUGGACGGCAUCAAGUCAGCGGUGCGAUUCCAGAAAAGGAUUUCUGAGGCUUGGCUCAAGGCAAUAGAGUCUGUGGAUGAAGCGGAGGACCAUAAGGUGAUAGAUGUGCUGGUGCUGUUCAUCCUCCACUCCACCAACGCCAACCAGAGCCGGCGGGGGGCGGAGCGGCUGGUGAAGCUGAAGGUGAGGGGGGGGCUGAUCCAGGAGGCCCUGCUCCAGAGGACCUUUAGAGAUUACGCUCAGGUGAUGCGAGGGUAUUUCCCCUCCAUCCUGGCUCUGGCUCAGGGUCUGCUGCGCUCCCAUGACCCCUGUGUGGUGCCCUUUGGAGGACACAUGUACCGACACUCAUUCGCUGCUUUUGACUCUUACUGCCAACAGGAGGUGGUUGGCUCUUUAGUGACCCAUGUGUGCAGUGGUGUGGGGGGGGAGGUGGACAUGGCUCUGGAGCUGCUCUGCGGCCUUGUUACAGAGAAGCCUUCAGAAAUGUCCCUGUAUGCUGUUUUUGUCAAGGGAAUCUUGGACUACAUGGACAACCUGACUCCUCAGCAGAUCCGCAGGCUCUUCCACCUCCUGAGCACUCUGGCCUUCGGACAGCAGCAGCAGGGGUCUCUCAUCCAGGACGACAUGCACAUAGUGAUCCGCAAACAGCUCUCCAGCACUGUGCCCAAGUACAAGCGUAUCGGCAUCAUUGGUGCUGUCAUGAUUAUAGGCAGCAUGGGGGCCGCCAGACCUAAAGUGAAGGAGUCCCAGAAUGGGUUGUUGCCUCAGGAGACGCUCAGACAGGUGGCAGCGCUGUUGGAGCUGGUGAAGUCCAGCAGUGAGAGCUCAGCGGAGGCUGCAGCUCUGUACUACGAUGAACUGGCCAACCUGAUCCUGAGCUCCAUCCUAGACCCGCAGGUGCAGGAAAAGAUCGGAAAGACUGUCCUCGAUGACUUCCAGGAUGACUUUGUGGUGGAUCUAGGGCCAGACAUACUGGGCUCUUUCCCCUUAACGCCCCAUGUGAUAUACAACCUGGAUGACGAGGAGAGUCAGGGAGGCAUCGCCAUCAACCUGCUGCCUCUACUGGCCACAGAGCUCCAGAACAAAGGAGAGCAGAAGAGUCAAACACAGAAGGCACACAAGCGAGUGUCUCCUCUCUGUCUGUCUCCAUUCUUUCGCCUCCUGAGACUCUGUGAGGAGAAACAGCACCAGGGAGACCUGGAGGAGAUCGACGCCCUGCUGGGUGAGGAAGUGGAAGCUACACAUUUCUGGUCUGGAUUCAGCCAGCCAGGACAGCGGAGCUUACUGAAGAAGGCUCUGGGGGUUUUGGCUGAACGACUAAAAGAGGAAAGUGCUGAGUUGACCCUGGAGCAGCUUGUAAAACACAGCUUUAAGUACCUGAUGAACUUCUGCAGCACAAUGCCAAAUCUCAGCACAGCCCUGACCCUCUCCCAGCUUCUGUCCACUGUGUCAGAGAGGGGGGGGGACCCUGCUGCCCACAGAGAGCAGACCGCCUCCCUUGCCAAACGUUUCCUGGGCCAAAGCUGGGUGACGGCCAGCGGAGAGAAGGAGCGAGGGAUCAAAUUCAAUGAAGCACUACAUACAGUCCUAAAAAUGUACAUGGCGCAUGUUGACGAUGUUCUGAAGGCAGUGGAGGAAAUAGCUGGAGAGGGAAUCCCUGAGCUCAUCAAGGCAGCGAAAGACGAGAGCUCUGCAUCAUGGCCCACUCUCAACAGGCAGACUUUCUUGGUGUAUUACAAGGUGAUGAUGACCGAGCUGGAAAAGGCCAUCAGGAAGAUUCCUGCCUGCAAAGUCAGUGACAGCUCUGAGGCUCAGAGCGAGAAGCUGCUGAUAUGGAACCUGGCUGUCAGAGACUUUCACAUCCUGGUCAACCUAGGGAAGGUGUUUGAUUCCAGGCCGGUGCUCAUCGUGUGUCUGAAGUAUGGCCGCCUUUUCCUGGAGUCUUUCCUGAGGCUUGGAAUGCCACUUCUUGAUAACAGCUUCAAAAGGCACAUGGAGGAUGUCCAGAGCCUGCUGAAAACCUUUCAGCUUAGCACCCGGCAGCUGCAUCAUAUGUGUGGAUACUCUAAGAUGAACCAGGAUACAAGCCUGACCAAUCACGUACCAGCCUUGAAGAAGAGCCUGGAGCUCUUUGUUUACAGAGUGAAGGCCAUGCUGACGCUCAACAACUGUCAGGAGGCAUUUUGGAUUGGCAACCUGAAAAAUCGAAACCUGAAGGGUGAAGAGAUUCUUUCUCAGCGGUCCCACGGAAGUGAGGAUGAGGACGAAGAAGAGCAAUCGCCGCCUCAGGAGCAGUCAGAGGAUGAGGCCCAGGAGAUGGACUCUGAGGAAAGUACGAAGGUCCACAGAACGGAAGAUGUGGAUCAAGAUGAUAUUACAGAUGACUCUGACUAACAGAGCAAUCAACUGUUGGUUUUUAUUUCAAAGUUUGGCAUCAAACUUCCAUUUAUCGACCAACUUUUCAAGUUUCAAAGGCCAGUUCUAGUGCCUUUUUGCAUAAACACUUUCUAAAGUAUGUAAAACUGUUUCUCAAUGGGCAAAGUGCAGGUUAAAGACCAAUAAUGUCAAUAUAAAAUCACAAUUCAUGUGUUUUUACUAAAGUAGUUACGACAGUGUUAGGCAACAUACAAAAACAUUGCUUUGUGAGUUGCAUUGAUGUGCAUUUGCCGUUUUUCGUUUCUGUUGAAGAUAAAGCGUGCCUAAUAAUUAGGUGUUUUCAUAUUAGAUAGGGUUCUUGAAAAUUGUUUAAAUGUUUGAUUCUAAUUGUUUGCCGACAAAAUAGAAUACAGAUUGUUGCAAAAGUGUUUCUGUCUGUUAUGUCUUUAAGUAUUAAAUAUAUUUCUAAUGCUAAAACAUCUAGGA